AUGUCAACUUCAUCUUCGAAACAAAACGUUAGCGAUGAUGAAUUCGAGAGUGCAGAUGAAGGUGAACCAACUACACCUUCUAUAACAAAACCUGCAACUCCUCCGCCAUCUCAACGGUCGGCUACACCCCCACAACCCAAACCAGCUUUGAUAACUCCUGAUGAUAGUAAAGUGCAAUCAAUAGCUUCCACAGUACCAACAGUAACGGAUGGCUGGGGUGAUUGGAACAUUGACGAUGAACCGCCGAUUGAAACGUCCAUGAAGACGAAUAAUCCGUCUCAACAAGAUUCAACGUCAUCUCGAUCAUCAACACCUUCGAAAACAGGCGGUAGUUUAUCUCAAAUCGGUUCUGAUGAAGACGAUCAAUCGGACUCAUCGAAUCAACAACGUUUACAACGAAAAAAAUAUCGAAAAAAAACAAUGGAAACCACUUCCAAUAAAGAAGAAUUGAAAACAAAUAUUCGAACUUCUCGUCCGACAGAACGACGAGAUGAAGAAUCAUCAUCAAUAGCAGCAGCAGCAACCAUGACUUCUCCAAAUAAACACAAUGCCAAAGAUGCCCAUCGUGUACUAGAUCGUCUUGCUGCUCAAUCUCCAACACGAACACCAACUUGGCAUAAUCCAUGGAACAAUUUUGGAUCAUUUUUAUCGACAGCUAAACAGAGUGUCACAACAUUGACAAGUACAGUUAGUGAAGGCUUUAACGCCGUUAUUGAAUCAGUCGAAGCUAAUCUCGGUGCACCUGAUCCUCAACAAUUAGCUGAAAUGAAUCGAAUGGCUUUUGAAAUAAAAGGCGAAACAUCGGACAGUGAGGAUGAGCCAGAAGUAUUAAAUUCGCAAACGGAAAAGGUUGACGCAGUAACAAACCAGGAUGGCUGGCUUAAUGCAUUAAGUUUGGAUAAACUAACAACAACUGGCAUGAAAGUGGUAUCUGGUAGUCUCGAUGUUCUCGAAACUGUCGGAAAGAAAACGUUUGAUGUUAUUAAUGAAGCUGAUCCUGAAUUGCGAGGUGCACGUCGUUUAUUAGGCAAGCAAAAGCAACCCACAUUAUCUGAAAUCAUUCGUGAGGUGAAAAAUGACAAAGACACACCAACAACUGGAGCGAAGAAAGAAGUGGUAACAUUCUUGCAACUAUUCGAAAAACAUCAAGGUCUUGCCCAUUUCGAAGCAUUAGAAUUGCUAUCCAACCGAUCAGCGAUGGUUCUACAAACAAUGAAAUCUGGCAACGAGAAAGUUCUCGAACAAAUUAGCAAUUACUUCAAAAUCGAUGAUGAGGAUGAUGAACUUGCUGAAACGGAAUCGAAAUUGAAUUCACUAAACAUCGCUGAUGAUAAUGACGGUCACCAAAUUCCAAGUUUAGAUAUUCUUUCACAAAAAUUCACAGCCUAUCAAACACAAUUACGUUCGACAGUUUCAGUCGAAAAACUCCUUGAAGUCUACGAGUCGGCUAAUGAAUUUAUCAAAGAAUGGGAUUGGAUGGAUACGGAAUUAGAUCAGAAAACAUUAGCGGAUGAAGCAAUUGAUUCUUUGGCGAUACUAUGUGCACGUAUUAUCGAAUAUUAUCGUAAAACAGCUGAAUUAUUCCUAAUGGGCUGCAAAAGUUUAACCUCAUUUUCAAUUGACAUUGAACUGUUAGCAAUAUACGAGAAGCAACAGAAAGAUUUUUCCAAUAUGCUUGUUGGAAUUCCCAAUUUAUUCGCGAAAUACAUGAAACAAGUGUCAACAAUUCCAGCGAACGGAACUGAUAGUUCAAUCCGAUGUGACAGCAAAUUGAAACAAAAACUUCUCAAUCAAAUGUUCAUUCAAUCAUCUAGUUCUCAAACAUACGCGUCGGAUGCCUAUGUCCUACUUAAACCUAUUGUCAGUCAAUCAAUUCUAUAUCAUACAUCAACAACAAGAUAA